AGAGAUGCCGGAGACUCUCAACUAUCGACACUCUACCGACGACUCCUUUUCUACAACGGUGACCGGCAACUACCGAAUGCCACCAAUUGCUAUUGCUACUCCGUCUCCACUUCCUCCUCCUCGCUACUCGCACGUCCGAUGUACGGUGAACUGCACGACGUUUGGAGUAGACGUGUAUGUUAGGAGCAGCUCUCAGUAGCAUUGGACACGACCGCCAUCAGCUGCUCGCUGCUACGUGGAGGUCUGUCUCUCAUUUUCCGAUGGAACGAACGCGACCUUACGUCAGGCGUCGACAGUCGCCGGAACGUGGCUCGACAUCGCCUUGCGUCGCUGCUAUCGUUACUCUUAACUCUGACUACUCGGCUCGCCUGCGCUGUCUCAAGAAAAGCGAUAUCAUGAAUGUCCUUAUACGAUGUCCCGGAUUAUACUGUGGCAGGGAAUUGUUGCCAGAUGGAAAUUGGAGCAAUUGUGGAGCUUGUCCGCGUGGCUUCCGCGCUAACGCCUCAUCGGCAUGCGAGCCCUGUGAGGACGCGCCAAUGUUCUAUGAUUGGCUGUACCUGGGCUUCAUGGUCUUGUUAGCUUUGGUGCUGCACUGGUUCUGCAUUGACAUGGUCGCAAUGCGUCGUAAUAUACCCAAAGAGGUGAUCGCCCUUCAUCUCUCUGCAUUAUUCGAAGUAGUCCUGGCAUCCCUCAUAGUCCUUCAGCUAACAGAUCCCAUUGGAUCGUUCAACAUUAAGUCAUGCAAGGCAAAAAAGUUAUCGGACUGGUACACACUACUGCAUAAUCCGAAUCCUAAUUACGAAGCAACUUUACACUGCACGCAAGAGGCAAUUUAUCCAUUAUACACUAUGGUUUUUGUCUUCUACGCUUUAGGAAUAGUUCUCAUGCUGUUAAUAAGGCCACUAAUAGCUAAGAAAUUUUUACCAAAACAGGGAAAGUUUUCUAUUUACGCAGCGUUGUAUUUCUAUCCAAUCCUUGCACUGCUACAUGCCGUGGGAGGAGGUCUAAUAUAUUAUUCCUUCCCUUACAUUCUUAUUAUCCUGUCGGUGCUUUCAAAUGCAGCGCAUUUCGCAUUUAAAUUGAAUCAAACAGUAAAAUCAUUGUUGUUAAGUUCUAUCUCGGAUGUAAAGAAUGUAAUUGUCAUUUUGGGCCAUUGGUUGCUGCAUGGAUAUGGCGUGAUAGCAGUUGCAACUCUUCGGGAAAUCACUAUUCAUCCCACAAUGUUGCUUUUAGUUGUAUUACCUGCUCUGUUUUAUAUUAUAACGGCGAAAUUCACUGAUCCACACAAACUGCAUAUUGAAUAAGUCCCCCAAGCAAAACAAUAUAUAUAUACUGUAUAGUGUCUAUACGUACUAUCUCCCGCAUGUUUAAAAUUAACAUUAUUAGGCUGUGUAUUUAUGUGAUAAAGGUGAAAUUUUGCGAACAAACACGUGAAAGCAUUGUGGGAUUCUUUUAAUAAAGAUUCUCUUUCAAUAGUUUGUGU